CCCGUCAAAACUGAUCAGAUAAGGCUUGCAUUCAACGUAUCUCAUGACCUGCAAUAAUGACCUGCAAAUUAAGUGGGUUAUUCAGCACCGGCGAGGACUUUGAUGAUGAGGACCUUCUUGGGACAGACUGGGCUGCUCCGUCAGCGUCCAAACCUGCCAAUCUGACAGCUACUGUAGCCCCCUGUGCUUUGCUUGCUUCUUCAGUUGCACACAGAGAGGAGGAUAAAAUCUCCUUUCAACAAACCAGCAAGGGAUCAACUGCUAUCUGUAAUGGCAUGGGCUCAGAGAAUAACACGCAGACUGCUGCUGCUCAUGGUUUGAGGCAGAUCUUGUCAUCUGGUCAACUGCCCUGUCUCCCUGCCAGCUCUUCCUCUCGCCAUCCUCCCCAGCAAAGUAAUAAUCAGCCCAAUUUAGCGGCACAACAGAGUUGCACUAAAAAGGCACCACAGAGGGCCAGUGAGAUUCAGGAUUUUUUCGACGAUUGGGAUGUUGACUUGGCAGAUCUGGAUGAAAUUGACUCACACAUGGGUCUUGGAACCUGUGUCCAACAGACUAUUGAAGCCCCUGCUCCAUCCCCACAGUUCACCGUACAUGGGACUGUAUCUUCAAACAGAAAUCCUCAACCUACAACCGUAGGGGGUACCCAGAUUGUAUCCAGUUUGAGAGAGCUCAGUACUUCAUCAACAUCCGGCUUGUCUAGUGUUAAUCUACCACUAAGGACCUCUUCUACUGCACCCUUAUCAUCCACAGCUGCCCGCUCUCCUCUCUUCACCCGUAUCAGCAACCUCUCUGUAUUCCCUGGCCUAGCUUCACCUCCUCCCCUCUCCAGUCCUGUUCCUAGACAAGUACAAGGGCCCCACCAUCAGCCACAACAAGCCUGGGCAACCCCAGGACCAUCCCCCCAGGGCCGCAGCCUGUUUGAGCCCAUAUCCCCAAUGCCCUCCUCUGUGUCAACUCUCGGUCUUAGCCCUCGUCCCCUCAACACACCUAUCCUCACCAAUCGUCUGGUCCAGCUGGUGUCUGCCUCCAGUCAGCUUCCUAAGAAGAGACCUCGUUCUGACUCUAAGCGGCCCACAACCCGCCGCUUCCCCGGUCCUGCUGGACUUCUGCCACAGCAGGCCCAUAGCCAGAGCCUUGAUGACAUAGUGGUGUCUGUCCCUCAGACUCCUGCCCAUGGUGCUGUGGCUCGAUCGCCAAACCAGGUUCCUAGCUCACAGGCUGAGGAUGAGGAAUUCAGUGGUGGUCCCUGGGCAGUAAUGAAGGCGGAAAUGGGAUUGGAUGAAAGGAACCCUUUGUGUUUCCUGCACUCCCACAGUGUAGUCAUGGUGCUUCGCAAGGCUGCUCUGAAACAGCUGGUGAAAAACAAGGUCCCCAACAUGGCAGUUUUACUGAAGAGCAUCCUCCACACACACAUCGAUGCCAAGGCUGUGUUUAAAGACCCAACUGGGGAGAUUCAGGGAACGGUGCAUCGGCACCUCCUAGAGGACAGACAGGGGGAGCUCAGGGCUGGGGCUGUACUGCUGCUCAAACAAGUGAGCAUAUUCUCCCCUUCCCACCGUAACCAUUACCUGAACGUCACGCCCAACAACUUGAUUAGAAUCUACCCUCCCGACAGAGUCGCCCCUCCCUCUGCUGUACUCUCACCCCCGGCGCUGGAGCCUGUGUUGCCAUCGCCCACCCAGACUCCUAGCUUCCCCGGGGCCCUUGUAUCUCACAUGCAGCUGGUGUGUGAUGAGGAAGAAGAGGAAGCAAGAAAAGCUUCAAAAGUCUCCACAGAUCCCAGAGCCAGCACAAGAAAAACUUUCCAAGGGACCACAACACCACAGGACCCAGCCUGGGAUGAAGAUGAUGGCCUGGAUGAACUCAUGGGGGAAAUGCUUGAGGAACCAUACAGCCACACAACUUGAACUUGCCAUCACCAACAGCUCUUUAAAACCUCCUCCACCGACUUCUGAAUUUGUCCAUUUCACACGAUUAGAUUUGUUUUUCUUUUCUUUCUAUCUAAAGGUUUUGUUCAAAUUAAGUUGUAAAAUGUGUACUGUUAAGAGGGCUUCUGCACACUGACUAAAUCGUUUUCAGUAGCUAGAUUAAAAAUGUCAGAUUAUAGCAAAUGGUCUCUACUGAGUUUGUGGGUGUUAUGCAUCAUUAGUAAUUGCACAUGGUGAAAUUCGGUCAGUUGU